AUCACAUCAGAUGACAUCGAAUGCAUCCCUGCUGAGUGAAGCUUUGGGCCACGCCACACUACCCCACCUGCCCAGAAUGCGCUAUGAAGCGCACGGCCACCACUUCCUGUCGCACAGUAGGACGUAUCGUGAGCUGGUCACUGUUCAGAAGCAGAUCAUUCAAGACCUGGCACGCUACGACCCCGGUUUUCUCGACUGGGUUGUGGGGCGUUUGAGUUCCUACGACCGUGAAGAUGAAGCCACAACUGGUCCACCGGGCGGACGACGUGAUUUCGAGAAUCGUGAUGAGCCGUGCUCCGGAGCUGGUUCGCGGAACAAGCAGA